CUCAUCAUCAUCACAGCCUCCACCUUCAUCACCGGUAAUCACCAAAGCAGAAGGGUUCGGCAGCUACCAGAAAUGGGGAGAAGAUGAAGCAGAUCUAGCCGGUAAUCACAGAAGCGAAGCAUUCACUGAAUCUCCAACCCACCGGCGACAGGUUGAGCGGCGUGCGGCGUGUGGCGUUCGUCGUUCGUGAUGAAGAAGGAGAACAGAAACAGAUUUGCAAUCGGAAAUCCAUUGUUUUUUUUGUUUUUAGUUUGAACUUAGGUGUACCGGUCAUAUUUCGUUGUGUCGGCCGGUAUACAAAAUUCCGACCGGUACACCGGAUUUUGACCGAAACGGUCGGAUUUUGACCGAAACGAAAUUUGAUGUUGUAUCGUUUCGGUUAAAUGUUAAAACCGGUACGUACCGGCCAUACCGGCCGGUACGCUUAUUCAUGGCGGAGAGUCUGGAUGACGGCGAGUUUUUACUGCCUUCUCAAUUGCUAACAGACGACGACGUCGUGCUUACGCACCUGGGGUCUGGUGUUUCCAAGUCUCUGUUUCCCUUUGAGUUUCCGUAUCGUUUUGGGUCUUUUGGGUUGUCUUCGAAUCUCGGCUCUCCGAUUGAGUCUGUUUUCGGUUCCACUAAGACUGAGAGCGACGAAGAGGAGCAUCUUUCUGGGUUGACUCGUCAAAUGGCUCGCUCGACUCUCCAAGACAAUUGGGGGCAAAACGAGCGCGCAUUCGCUACUGAAAACAACAAGGGUUUGCUGCUUUCUGGGUCACCUCAAUUGACGCUGUGUGCGGUAGGGAGUAGCUGUGGGUGUAGGCAGUGGUCUACCCGUGGUAGCCCCAAGCGUCAAUCGGUACUCCCUUCGUCGCCAAGAACUUGGGAUCUGCUACAUGCGGCUACGGUGGAAGUUACAAGGAUGCAAGGUAAGGAAGAACCAUUCAACCAUGAAAGAAGCCUCCUCGCUCCCCCAAAGAAACCUCCCACAAAUCUUGACUUUCCGCAACUGAAACACGAGCAACAGAUAAUGAGACAACAAAGUGCAUCGGCAUGGGCGGUUCUAAAGCAACAGCCCCAUUCACUGUCUCACAACAUGUCGGGUAUGUGGGUCGGGUUUCCGGGUAAUCCCGUUGGCAAAAGGAAAUGUGCUGGUACUGGUGUUUUCCUGCCUCGCAGAGUUGGUUCCACAACCGAAACCCGCAAGAAGCCAGGUCCAUACUUCAUACUCCUAUGCCUUUUCAAGAGUGCUGCACGAUCGUACUUCAAGGGAAAGUCAUGCAGGCGUUGAACUUGAAUCUAGAUGAAAUUGGUCCUCAGAUUUUUUUUUUUUUUUUUAAUGUUGAUGUCUUUUCUUCACUAGAUGUCGAUCAUGGUUCCCAAUUCGUCCCUACCCAUAUUUGUACACAUCAACAUUCAGUGUGGAAAAAAAGGACAUGCUGGCAC